CUUACCUUCUCAUAUUGAUAUUUCAUUUAGAAAAAGUUCACAAAACAAAGCCACAACGCACAACCCACACACGUGAACUGUGAACUGUGAACGGAGGUCGGAGUAUCGAACGGCUUCCGCCUUGACGAGAAGGGGAGACCCACUCUUGGAGACUUGGAGGAGUGUUGGGCGUUGGCUGCUUGAUUUUUGAAGACUAGUUGAAGCUGCCACCUUCCGGCUUUCCGUCUGCCGAACAUACCACCAAAGCCCACCGGGUACCUCGUUUUCCACUGUGGCAGAAUUCUCGAAAUAGUGAAGAGAAAACAAGAGAUUUUUUUUGCUUAACGUUUGAGUAGAGAAAGUGGGGAUAACUAGCCACUCACAACUAACAAGCGAGCUUCUCUUUCUGGUAGACGACAGUGGAGAAUAAGCCAUUGAAGAAGAAUCAAACCAGUUCAAUGGAAGAGAAACUGCUAAUACUGUACGCUACUCAGACUGGUAAUGCCAUGGACGCUGCCGAACGCAUCGGUCGCGAAGCUGAUCGCAGAGGUUUCCUUUCAUCUCUUUUCUCCAUCGACCAAUUUGAUCCUAGUUCACUAUGCGAUCAGAGAUUCGUAAUUUUUGUUGUUUCCACCACUGGCCAGGGUGACACACCUGAUUCGAUGAAGGUGUUUUGGAGAUAUCUAUUGCAAAGGCACCUUACUCCAAACUGGCUAGGAGGAGUCAACUAUGCAGUUUUUGGACUCGGAGACUCGGGAUACCAGAAAUACAAUUUUGUUGCUAAAAAGCUGGACAAAAGGCUUUCAGAUCUUGGUGGAACACCUAUUAUUGAAAGAGGUCUUGGAGAUGAUCAACAUCCUUCAGGGUAUGAAGGAUCUCUAGAUCCUUGGAUGUCCUCAUUAUGGAACACGUUGAAUAGAAUAAAUCCAAACCUGUUGCCAAACGGAGUAGAUUUUGUUUUGCCAGAUAUGAAACUGAUGGAUCAACCCAAAGUUGUUGUAACGUAUCAUGUCAAUAACACAAAGAGUCCAAUAUUCUCAGCUACUCCAGAUUUGGAUUCAAGGACAUUGCAAAUUCAAAGUGCUCGAAUGAUGUCCACUGCAAAUUUUCCUGAAGAUAAGAGUAAGCCUCACUGCUGGUUAAAAAUGACGAGAAACUUUUCACUGACACGAGCAGGAUGUGGGAGAGAUGUCCGCCAUAUUGAGUUUGAAUUUCAUUUUACUGUAGUUGAAUUUGAAGUUGGUGAUGUGCUUGAGAUACUUCCAACUCAGAACCCUGAUGCCGUGGAAGCAUUCAUACAGCGUUGUAACUUGGACCCUGAAGCAUUUAUCACGGUUCAAGUGAGAAAUAUUAACAAUGCUACUGCAAAUGAUACAAAUACCAUUCCCAUCAGAUUAAAAACCUUUGUGGAGCUAACCAUGGAUAUUGCCUCAGCUUCACCUAGACGGUAUUUCUUUGAGGUGAUGAGUUACUUUGCCACAGCUGAGCAUGAAAAGGAAAGAUUACAAUAUUUUGCUUCACCUGAGGGCCGAGAUGAUUUAUACCAAUAUAAUCAGAAGGAAAGAAGAACUGUUCUUGAGGUUUUGGAGGAUUUCCCAUCUGUCCAAAUGCCAUUUGAAUGGUUGGUUCAAUUGGUUCCACCAUUGAAAACUAGAGCAUUCUCCAUUUCUUCAUCUCCUGCCGCUCAUCCUAAUGAAGUACAUUUGACUGUGAGCGUGGUUUCAUGGAUGACACCUUUCAAAAGGAAGCGAUACGGUCUUUGCUCAAAGUGGCUUGCGGAACUGGAUCCACAACAAGGGAUUUUAAUUCCAGUUUGGUUCCAAAAGGGUCUACUUCCAGCUCCAUCUCUGUCACUUCCCCUUAUUCUCAUAGGACCUGGUACCGGCUGUGCUCCUUUCAGAGGAUUUGUGGCUGAGAGAGCCAUCCAGAGUCAAUAUGGUCCAACUGCCCCAGUUCUUUUCUUUUUCGGUUGCCGAAAUAAAGAUGACUUCUUAUAUAGCGAUUUUUGGUUGCUCCAUUCGCAAGAUGGAGGGGUUCUUUCAGAAGAAAAAGGUGGAGGAUUUUAUGUUGCAUUCUCGAGAGACCAACCACAGAAAGUUUAUGUACAACAUAAAAUGCAGGAACAUAGGCAUAAAGUCUGGGAUUUACUCAGUAAAGGGGCUUCAGUUUAUGUUGCUGGUUCCUCUACCAAAAUGCCUUCCGAUGUUCUGUCAACUUUCGAAGAAAUCGUUAGCACGGAAAGUGAGGUUUCAAAAGAAGCUGCUGUGAGAUGGCUCCGGGCUUUGGAGAAGGCUGGUAGGUACCAUGUUGAAGCAUGGUCCUGAAACGGGAUGUUACUAUAUUCAUGUUUUAGCAUUAGCUAUUGAAAUUGUUUAGUUUAUUGGAUAUAACUCGGUCUUUUACAAUUUUUUGGUUUAAUUUGUAUCAAUUAUCAUAGACAAUGUAAGAGGUUGAACACUCAUUUAGGCUUAACAACACUUAUAUAUACCGUAAAAACAUCCAUGUUUUUCUUGUACGUUAUACAUCAUAUGUCCUUCUCAAUUUGCUAUUCACAAUAGAGUGGGGUUUACUUUUAA